AUGGACACUAUGCACCUGAACAUACCUCUGGCCACAUUGUUGCUGCUAAGCUGCAUGUGUGCCGUGCCGCUCCGGGGCCAGAAGCCGGGUCAGAUCGACCCUCUGGCUUCGUACCGGGCCGACCCCCAGUGCUGGGACUCCUCCUCAGCUCUGCUGCUGGAGAUGCGCUCCCCAAGGAUCGCUGACACCGUGCCUGCUUUCUGGGACCUGAUGAUAUUCCUCAAGUCGUCAGACAAUAGGAAACACACUGCCCUGUUCUGGGACCUGGCUCAGGUCUUCUGGGACAUCUAUGUGGACUGCGUUCUGUCCCGGACCCAUGGACUGGGGAGACGGCAGCUGAAAUGGCCCAAUGGGCACAUCACCGCUGUACAUUCCCUCAUCACUGACAGUAAGUAA